AUGCAUCCAGCAUCUCGCAAGAAACAGAAGAAUCCGUUGUUGCGUCAUAAUUCAGAAGAUGAUGAGAUGCGUUUCUCUGGACUUCAUGGCAAGCAUGACAUCCCUUCCAAGUCCUUCAAAAUGCUUCAGAACUUGACUGUCAAUGACAGCCAAGAUGAUGCCUCUUCCCAAGACGAUGAUUCAGGUCAAGUAGGUAAUUACUGUGAAGCCUCCAUCCGCUACAAGGGAAAGCACAUUCCAUCACCAUCUUUCAGGGUGUUGCAGAACUGGGCUGACCAUGAUACUGAGCCCACACCAGUGCGGAAAUCAAAGCCAAAACCAAAACCAUCAACAGUAGAUGAAGAAGAGGAGAAAACUGAUGGCCCCAGUGAAGUGCGAUAUUCUGGUGGCCACAUCCCUUCCCGGGUGUUUAAAGUACUGCAAAUGAGUGUUGCAGGUUCAGAGCCUGUUGAAGCAACAAGCAGUGCCAAUCAAAGUGAAGAUGAUGAUAAACCUGUAAGAUCGCAACCUCGUCAGUCCCGGUCGAUGAGAAUUAUACAAAAGUCAAAAAUACCUCCUCAAGAAAGUGCAGCUGAGAUGGGAUGUACAGACUUUUAA